AUGAAGCGCAGCUCGACGAUGAACAAGAAGCGCAGUCUAGAGGAUCUACAGCGCGCGUUGCGGGAGGAGGCGGAGUGGAAGGAUUCAACCCGCUUUGCGCAGUUCGUAGCGAACGUGGUCGGCGGUAUCGUCGUGGUAUUAGGGCUGGGCAGUUAUCUGGUCGAGGCGCUGCUAGCACGGCUCGCCGACGCCCCCGCGCAUCUCGACGGGUAUGUACAGUACUGUCGGAGAAUGAUGGUAGCCCUAGUGAGCGAGGCACUUGCAGAGUUCUGGACGGUGGUAAAUGGUCUCCGGCAUAUCAAACUCGAUGAUUUAUCAAACCCUGAGGUGGUCGCACGGCCACUAGCAGUCGUGCUUGUUAUUGGGACUAUUCUAUUGCUGGUGCGCAAGUAUAAAUGGGUGGGUUGGUUCUGUGGCCUGCAGGUCGUGAUCAUCUUGCAGUGGAUCGUGGCGCUGUAUCAAAUGGCUCGUAUCGUGCUCUCCUUGUCGCUUUAUGUCACCGUGAAGGUGAUCAAGCAGAUCCUCUUGGCAAUAAGAAGCGUAUAUGUGGGGCUCUUCGGCGUACGUGACAAACAGGCUGAGAGACUUCGCCGUCUUAUGAAAACUACCAAAAGUUACCGUGAAUGGAAGCAAAUGGCGCAGUAUCUCGACGUUCUGGAAGGAAAAGACAACUGGAAGACUAUAAUUCAUGCUCAAGACACAGAACACUGCGACUUUGUACAGAUGCGUCGUAAUGUAGAGACACUGACUCGAGCUCUGGACGGUGGGAACGUGGACGAGCUUCGAUAUGUCGUGGCUUCAGUGGUUAUGCGCAAUGAGUUGGGCAUCGACUCGCCGAGUCUCCACUUGGAAUGCAACUCUGGAACAAAGAUAGCAAUCAGCAAGUAUAACGCGUUGGUUAUUCGCGCUUUAGACACACUGGCUGAGAUGAGCGAUGAAAAGUUCCCUCAUGCCGAGAAAGUUCGCUUCUUUCGGCGAAUGAAACAGUCCUUUGGCUCGACUGCACUGUGUUUGAGUGGUGGCGGCUCCAUCGCGAUGUAUCACAUGGGCGUAAUACGCGCUCUUCUCGAUGCGAAUGUACUACCGAAUGUCAUCUCUGGCUCCUCUGGCGGGUCAAUCACUGCGGCUUUUACUGCGUGCAAGACAAACGAAGAGUUGCUGAAUGAUGUCCUUGUGAGUGACAUUUCGACACGUUAUUUCUCGCUGGGUAUUCGCUGGUUCCCGCCGCUUCUCGAGCAACUCGCACACUGCGUAAAGACUGGCUUCCUUGUGGCCUCGUCCGAGUUUGAACGCACGACUGAACACUACUACAGCGAGCCUAUGAAUACCGAGGACAAGACGAUGUAUUACACGUUCCAAGACGCUUUCUUGAAGACCGGUCGUCAUGUAUGUAUUACUGUGUCAGCAUCUGACAUAACGGGCCACAAAGGACCGAAGAAGCUCCUGUUGAGCCAUAUUAACACCCCACACGUGCUGCUUUGGAGCGCUGUUGCUGUGUCCUGCUCGCUUCCUGGCAUUAUGAAGGGAAAACAGCUUAUGGCGAGAGAUUUUCAGGGUAAUAUCGUUCCAUAUGCGUCUCUGAACAAGGAGUGGGUGGACGGCAGCAUUCAACACGACCUGCCCAUGGAGACGAUGGCUAGUGGCUUUGACGUGACUAAUUUCAUCGUCUCACAGGUGAAUCCUCACGUGGUUCCGUUCGUCAGCGACGAAAUCGACAAGCCAAGCAAUACCAAGAGCAUCUUUUACAAGCUCGAGAGCGUUAUUGCUGGCGAUGUGCGUCACAGACUGAAGAUGCUCGCUUUCCUGGGUCUAUUCCCUAAGAUCUACGGACACCAAUUCAGCUCGUAUUUCGAGCAAAACUUUUCAGGAAACGUGACCGUCAUCCCCGACUUUCGCUUCCUGGAAUCCAUCGGCAUCAAAGCCAUUCUAAACCCAACUGUGCAAGACAUGACGAACUAUAUUGAAGGCGGCCAACGGGCAGUUUGGCCAAAGUUGGCAUACAUUCGUCAUCUUUGCAGCAUUGAGAAGUGCCUUGACCAUCAACUGGAGCAAAUGCUCGGCGCCUCGGCCUACUCUUAUAAGAACUGGCUGCACCCGAGCGCAUCAGGGGAUGCAGAAGAUGUUAAGAAGACCACGAAGACUGACUAG